AUAUGGUUUCAUUUAUUAAUUUUAGCCAAUGUUGAAAUAUCUAAUUUAUCGAACAAUAGAUGACUAAAGAGUUCUUACUUUUGUAAUCUUUACAUAAUCAAAGCCAACUAUAAACCUGCUCAAAAUCUUUUGGUUGUUAUACAAACUUUGAUGUCUCGUAUCGUACGUCUGUCAACAUGAUGUAAACACGAGGCAUUCUUGACAUUUAGACAGAUGCUUGAGCGAGGGGAUUGCGAUAGAUUGUUCUGUUCGAAUGUCGGGACGCCGGGACUCUACGUGCCAAAAAAAUGACCUCCCAAAGUCACUACACGGGGCUGAGGACGCUGAGAUGGUGUGGAGUAUGAUAACAGAAAGAUUUCCAAACGCUGCGCCUCUCCUUUGUGAAAUGGAGGCGGUGGUCGAUCGUGCCGAGGAUCUCCUUAUGCAGCUACGAGCACCCUGCCAACGAGAGAUUGAAACGUCUACCUCCUUCUGCACUCCUGAUUUGGAGGAAUCAACUCUGAUGAUUUCCGCUAGGGGAUCAUUGAGCACCGAAAAUGACGUACGUAAUCCAGAGAACGAUGUCGACAGAAACGUCGCAGGGACACAGAUUUCUAACAGCACAGUAGACGAAGAAGAUGUCAACUCGAACAGCCACAAGAACUUCAUUUUCAGAAAUGAAAGCGUUGAUAUGCAAUCCAGCGAAUCGUCAACGAUGCAACGUUCUACGGGUGACAAAUUCUCGACCGCUGAAGAAUCUGCUUCUUCGAAAAUCGACACACACGUCGAUCAGAGAAUGAAGGAAGCACGUAGCCUGGAGGAAUGGAGCAAAGUGGUGGACAAUGCCAUGCGGAAAUCGAUUAUCGGAGAGGAUCAAGUGCACAAAGAAGCGGUUACUGUCGACAGGAAGUCCAAUAAAGUCGAAGAGCAUAAAAUCGAGAGUGAUAUUGCGAAUGUACACGAAAAAUCUUGCAUUGUUCUCCAUCGGCAAAGAAGAUGCGCCGAUAUCGAUAACGUGGGUGACUCUAUGAUCGACAUUGAUUCUGAUCUAAACGUAGCGAGCCAAGAAUUGAUCGAGACCAAAGAUGACACUGUAAACGUUUCUCUUCAAGGCAGCGGCGACGAAAGUUCACCCAAAUUCGGUGAACAAAACACACCGUUAAAUAUUCUGGAGGGCUAUUCGAAGCGCUGCAAGGUUCCCGUUAAAUACGAAUACGUCAACGACGGUAUCCAUCGUCACAAAUCGAACGUCUUUGUGAUUCGCGGCAGUCUCGGUGAAUUUGCUGCACCUGCCCGAGGAGAGAGCGAAGAGACCGCUAAGAACAGUCUGGCUACCACGUUACUGCAGAUGAUCGCUAACCAUCAGAUGAACGAUGGGAAGCUCUCGAACCUUUUACCUCUCUCGGAUGAAGAAAUGCUGGAAAUAAUUCGCCUUGGCACGGAUAGCCCUAGAGAAACGCCUCAGCGAAAACUAUAUCAGAUCUGUCUCGAGACGGGACAAUCGGUACCAAAGUACUGCGUCGAGAAAGUGAAAACUUAUCAAGGCUUCACCUACGUCGCUACUUGUACAGCGCUGGGCUACACAUGCGAAGGUCGCGGUAUCAGGGAAUGCGGUGCCAAGAAAUCAGCAGCUGACGAGGUGUACCGUCAGUACUGUCUAGACCAGAAAGCAGGUGCGAAGAUUAAAGAUCGGAAAACCCCUCGACUCUAG